CCCUGUGCUUUAAAAAAGUCCUGGAUUUAGCAUGAAAAACAGGCGGCAUCUAGGUUAGCGUUUUUACGUUAGCUUCCUGCUAGCUGCGGUAGCUGGCUAAGAAGGUGGCUUAAUUGUUUUAACGUCAUAUUUAACGUUUCUCGUCUUGAACUGUUAAAAUGAACUCCCAGCAAUUCCCCCGACACGGGCUGCCUCCUUCCAGUGGGGGACUGCCUCAGAUUUCUGGAAACCUUGUGUCUGUCAACCAACCAGCCAGUGCAGAUACAGACGGCAGCCGGGAUGCUGAGCACGGGCAGCAGGAUCUUCCACCAGCCGGGGGAGGAGGAACCCUGGCCUUCAGAGAUGACAAGCAGGAGACCAUGGUGGUCCGACCUUACCCACAAGUGCAGACUCACGGUCAGCAACAAGCUGGUCCCCAGACUGUGCCCAUCCAGGCUGGCACACCUGUGGCUCUAUCUGCAACCCCUGUCCACCUCCCACAGGGUCAGCCAGCACUCCUCACUGAGGGACAGAUGAAGGCUGUAUUGAAAUCACCUCUGCCAAGUCGUCUUAUUGCUCCUGCACCAGCUUCCAACCAGCCUCAUAUCCCCAUACCCCCUAAAGUGCCUGGUCACAUUACAGUCACCAUAGAGAGCAGCAUUGCUACAACCCCAUCUAUUCCUGUGGCAACCAUUAGUGGUCAACAGGGUCACUCCAGCAACUUGCAUCAUCUGAUGCCAGCUAACAUUCAGAUUAUUCGGGGCCCUGCACCUGCACUGCAGAUUGGGUCUCCUGCUGUCCCUCCACAGACCUUCACAUCCCAUUUACCCCGAGGUGCUGCUGCAGCAGCUGUUAUGUCCAGCUCCAAAACUGUUCUACGCCCAGCAACGGGAGCAGGUGCAGGCCCCGGUCAGCCCACAGUGCAGCACAUCAUCCACCAGACUAUUCAGUCCCGUCCUGCUGUAACAACUUCCACUGCUGUGCUUCCGACUGUGGUGGCCCCCAUUUCAGCACCCAGAAUGCAGUCUCCUGUCAUCAAUCCAUCUGUUACACACUCUGCAGAGGUGGCACAUGGGCGCCCUGGGCUGACAAUUCACCCUCCUCCAGCCGCUGUCAGUAUUCAGAGGCCUCAGACUUCCCGUGACCCUGCUGCAAGGAUCACACUGCCAUCUCACCCUGCAAUCGGCUCUCAAAAGCCUCAGCCUCCGCACACUAUGACACAGAAGCCCAUCUUCAGUACUGUGACACCAGUGGCUGCAGCAACUGUGGCACCAAUUGUUGCCACUACUGUGCCAUCGACCACCACAAUGGGCUCUGUUCCACAUACUCAGAUGCCUAAUAGCACCAUUGUCACCAUGACAAUGGCCUCACACUCCUCUCAUGCUACGGCUGUGACCACCUCAGCCAUCCCUGUUGCUAAAGUGGUCCCACAGCCCAUCGCCCACUCUUCGUCGCGUGUGCAGCCCGACUACCCAGGAGAAAGAACCAACCUCAUCCCCAUCCCAGGACAUAGGUCGUCACCUAACCCAGCCACCAUGGAAGCAAGAAGUGACAAUAGGCCCUCUGUACCAGUGCAGUUUCAGUAUUUUCUGCCGGCUUAUUCCUCGUCGUAUCCUCUGACACACACCUACACCCCCAUCAGCAGCUCUGUAUCGACGAUCCGCCAAUAUCCUGUCACUCCUCAAGCUCCGAGUUCAGCACUGCCCACGCAGCCUGGAGUGGGCGUGGCCACCACCGUCCAUCUAAACCACAUGCAGCUGAUGGCGGUGGAUCGUAUUGGUCUGCCCUCUGCACAAAUCAGCACCCACGGAAUCCAGCCGGGACCGAACACUGGGCAGGGAAUCCAGCCUGCACCGAUUGGAGUGCACGCAUCUGCGCCCAUCAACACGCAGGGAAUUCAGCAGACACCUAUAGUCACUCAGCAGCAGCAGCAAACACAGUCUGAAGCUAAAUCUGGAGUUGUUUUGGCUGAUGGUUUUGUGGCGAGUCCAAUCAGCAGCACCUUCAGCACCACCCAGCCUGUAGCCACCAUGGUGCAGGCACACGCCCAGGGAGCAGUUGGAGGUGCUCCCACCCUGGUCUCCUCCCCUCGACCCAGCAUCCUCCGCAAGAAGCCUGCUAAUGAAAGUUGUGUUCGUAAGAACCUGAUCCCUGCGCAGCCCUCUGAGGCAGGCAGUGGCAGAUUGGAGAGCGGUGUGAGAGGAGCAGGGUCCCCCCGACCUGCAGGUGUGAAGUCCAAAGCAGAGAUGCACAUGGCAGUGGCUCCUCCUGUCAUGGCCACAGUAGAGGCACUACCUUCUCAGGUAGGAGAGCAGCAGGUGAUGUCCUCCAACGCCCAGCACCUCGCCCAAGCCAUCCCCACCAUGCUAGGCACACAGGGACCCGUGCCUUCCUCUCAGCCCUCCACUGCCCUCUCAGCUCUGCCAGCCACCAUGGCUGUGACUCCCCCCGUCCCCGCUUCCAUGGCAAACACUGUGGCUUCCCCUACUCAGCCUGCAGCCAGCAGCACUGCAGCUUGUGCUGCCAGCUCCACCUGUCCAGAUGUGAAAAUUAAGCAGGAGGUGGAGAGCAUGGACACACAGCCAGAUCCAAAUGCAAACUUGUCAUCAGCUCCAGCACUCGCCACCCAGGCCUCCACCCUGAACCCCCCCGGCCCAGGAGACAUGAUCCCCGGAGCCUCCCCGAGGAAGAAGCCCCGCAAACAGCAGCAUGUUAUUUCAACAGAGGAGAGUGAGAUGGUGGAGACAAACAGCACAGAUGAAGAGAAGAUAACAGGCAGGCCCAUCACAGGCAGAGCCGAGAGGUGUGAAUCUCCACCAAGAGAAUAUGUUGAUGAAGAAGGAGUGCGUUAUGUGCCGGUCCGACCUCGACCCCCCGUCACCCUCCUGCGGCACUACCGUAAUCCCUGGAAAGCUGCUUACCACCACUUCCAGAGAUACAGCGACAUCAGAGUCAAAGAGGAGAAGAAGGGCACACUGCAAGACAUGGCUAAUCAGAGAGGAGUCGCAUGCAGAGCACAAGGCUGGAAAAUUCAUCUGUGUGCCGCACAGCUCAGGCAGCUGUCGAAUUUGGAGCACGAUGUGUACAGUCGCCUCUCCACCCUUCAAGAAGGCCUGAUACCGAAGAAGAGAGCAGGAGCCGAUGAUGAACUUCACAGAAUCAACGAACUCAUACAGGGUAACAUGCAGCGCUGCAAGCUGGUGAUGGACCAGGUGACCGAGGCCAGAGACACCAUGAUGAAGGUGCUCGACCACAAGGAGAAGGUGCUGAAAUUGCUCAACAAGAACGGCGCCGUCAAGAAGUCCUCCAAACUGAAGCGCAAAGAACGAGCAUGAGCUGGACCUUCUUUCUGUCGUCGAUGGCCACUGCUGCUGAGCGGGAGGGACCUGCUCAGAAUCUGGUGCUACGAUUUGCCGCAUACAAUCUCCCGCUCCCUCCCUGUCUCGCAUGAGAGCGGGCGGAGAUGAAGUGACAGGAUGACUUUUUUUUCUUUUUUUUUUAAUUAAUUAAAACAAAAAGCAGAAAAGCCUAUGAGGAAAAUGUAAAGACACAGCACUCGUGUUGAGCGCGGAACAUUGUAGGUUGCAUUAGAGUGGCCAACUGCACGGCCCUGUCUGUUUGUUUGUUUUUUGUCCAUUUGGAAAAACCCCAGAAAACAUUUUUACUCUUUUAGUUUCUUCCUCAUUUGAAGCCAGCACGUUGUGUAUUUGUGAUACUGGGCACUAAACGCAGGUGCAGUGAACAUCCAAGUAUUUCCGUUGAAUUGAACCACCUGAGAGUGAUCAGCGGGGUUAACUGAAGACAUUUUCUUUAGGUAGUUUCCCUUUUGCGAACUGUGAAUACAGACAGAUCUCAAUUGUGUUUUUUUUUCAUCAAUCUGUGCCUUCAUUUAGUCAGUGUACAGGAACAUGUGGGAGCUGUUACACAGUUGGUAAAGGAAUGACUUUACGUUACAGCACAGAAACAAAAAAGGUAUUGUUUGGUAAUAUAUUUAUAAUAGGGAGGUAAGCCUACUAGAAUAUCUUAUUCCUUACACAAUUUGCAGUUUUUCAUUAUUUUUAUUCACUAUUUACUGAUCUUCUACUAGACAUACGAUGUUAUGACCAUAAUAUUUCAAGGUAUUACCAUAUAUAAUUGUUACCAUGCUGUUACUAUAUAAUUACUGUACUGUAACGUAAAGCGUGACCUGAUUUAAAGAAAAGAGGGAAAGCCAAUUUCACUGCUUCCCAUUUUUCUCUGAGCUGGUUUUCUCACAGGUAAAUAAUGACCUCAGCCUCAACUUUGGGUGUAAACUAAAAGAUAAAAGGAGACAUCGAAAGUAGUAUUAAAACAUGAAUUUAACAUUAAAAAACCUUUCAAAAGUUCUCAUCUGGUGUGACAGGAUAGCUGUUGUCCUGUGUAGAUGGUUUUCUGAAAGUAAUAAAGUGCAGAUACAUAAUGCCAACUCAACUUAACAUUUAAAACUGCUAUGGAUCGUCCACUUAAAUCAAAGCGUAUUGAUGUCAUGGUGAAAAUAAUACACUUAGUUUUGGUUUCAGUGCUUCAAAGAGUGAGUGAUUGUGAGAAUCCUGUGAUCCGAUUGGUGGAUUUAAUUCAUGUAAAUCACUGUAAAUGUGCUGUGUUCUUUUGUUUUGGUUGAACUGUUUCUUUUCAAGUUUUGUACUCGAUCAACCAUUUUUGUGCCGUGUGACGUGUGCCGCUUCGUUUCGUUGAGUGUAACGAUAAUGACAUUAUGUGAAGAAGUGAGCCUGAGACAUUCAGCUACUGUACAUUGUUUUUGUCUGUGUAAUUAUAGUAAAAUAUACUUAAACAAUACAAGACAAGCUGUUAUUUUCA